AUGAGCAUUUUAUGAUGUCUUGUUGUGUAAACACUAAUAUAACCUGUCUUAUAGAUCUAGAAGUAUACUAGUCUAUGUAUAGAUCUAGAUCUAGACUAAAAUCUUUUUUUUUUUUAAAGUGCACAGUAAGACAAGAGACGGCACAAAGUUGAGACUGGAGUGAAGGGAGCAUCGACAAAUUCACUGUGACACUCAGUGUGACUCAGUCACACUCAUCACACUGACACUCAGACACUGUCAAUAAGUGUCAUCAUUCUCUGUGAGUGUGACUGUCACAGUCACUGUGACUCUCAGUAUCAGUCUGAGUCUCACUCCAUCACUCAGACAACUCACGACUAGACUAAUUUCUAAGCCACUAACUAUUAAAUUAAGCCUUCUACUCUAAGCCUGGCCAGAGUCAGUCAUUGCCGUCAUUGGAUUGAUACAGAGUUGAAGUAAUUGAUUUUGGUUAAAUUUAAAAUUCUUGCUGUUUUGGCUUUACAGAUUACAGAAUACUUGAUUUAAAAAACAAAAAACAUGGAUGAAAGCACUUGUCUUUCAUCUUGGCAAUCAUUUUACAGCUCGUUUCAAAAUUCUAAAAUACUUUUUUCACAAGCCAGUGAUGGCUGUGAGAUAGCACUAAGAAAUGCUGGAACUUCACUGUUAUUUGAUACAGGUGGAGAAUAUGCCAGAGAGCUCUUCAAGAACUGUGGUUUACUUGGCGGAGAUAUUGUCAAGCUAAACUAUAUUCUAUGGAAACUUGAGGAGGCCUCCUUACCCAAAGUCAUUGUCAUGUUUGAGAGGUUUAAACAAGAAGAGAAGCAUUAUGAGGUGAUGAAUCCUACCAUCGAGGUACUUUUUCAAGAUGUACCAUCAAAUUCAGAUGCCCUUUCGGUCAGUGCAGAUGCUAUCAAACUUGAGCCUGAGAGUAUAAUUUUAACAGAUCAGCACUAUGUCAUUAACAACUUUAACUAUCAAGGUGAUGAGGGCACACAUGUCAUUGUUCAUGAAGCCAUACCAGAAGCUAACAUCAGCAGUAAUUUUGACCAUAUUGAGUCAUCAGAGAAUAUCAAUAGCACACUUACUAAACCCAAAGUUAUAGUGAAAUCUGUUCAGAAUAAAAAUAAUAGGAUGAAUAGCCAUAAAUACCUUAAAGAAAAACCUCUCAAGCCAAAAUCAGUGUCUGUCAGACAUCUGGAGAGUCAAAAGAUACAUGUUUCAGAUAACUCUGGCUGCAGAAAAAGCUCAAGACAUGUAAAGAUAACUCCAAAGUUUUUGGACAUAAGCAAUGUUUUGAUGAGGUCAAUAAAGCCUGAAAUGAUAGAACCCCUUAAUGAAGAGGUGGUCCCGCCAGUUGUAGUUGAAAGUUCACAAGUUGAAGAACAAAGACGGGAAAUAAAAGUCGAGGAAGUAGAAAAUGAUGCCACUGAGGAAAUCGGGAAGACUUACCCCCAAGCCCCCUUAAUGUGCUCAGUUUGUAAAGACUCUUCUUUCAAGAAUCCGUUUGAACUUAAAUUACACUGGGCCGCUCAUGAAGAAAAUAGACAUCAGCCUAAGGGGAAACCAUUCAUUUGUGACAGGUGUGAUAAGAACUGGUCCACAUACUUGAGCCUAAAACUGCAUUACAGAAAGCACACCGGUGAAAAAAGAUUUAAAUGCUCAGAGUGUGGGAAAAGAUUUCGGCAUCCUUAUGCCCUAAGGGAGCACAAAACGGAACAUUUUCAGGACAGUAACAUGAAAUACUUAUGUAUAAUGUGUGGGAAAAGCUUUCAUGACAGGACUAAUUUAGAAAAUCACAUGUCUCAUCAUGUGAUGGACAGAGUGUCUUGUAAUAUUUGUGGGAAAUCUUUUGCCUCAUUUAGGAACCUUGAUAGCCAUAUGAAGAUUCAUAGCAAUGACAGGCCUUACCGAUGCAAGAUUUGUCCAAAGGCCUUUGUUAGCAUUUAUAAUCUGAAAGUUCACGAGACUAUUCAUACAGGGGAGAAAAAUUACAGCUGCGGCCAGUGUGGAAAAAGUUAUCGCCUCAAAACUGGAUUGGAAUACCACUUGAAGUCCCAUAAUCCAGACCAGCAGUACAAAUGUGAGAAAUGCCCUAAGACAUUCAUGGAUGCUCGUCAGCUUGAAAAGCACAUGGACAGGCACAUGGGGGUUAAGUUUUUCUCCUGUGAGUUGUGUGGUAAGCAGUUUCUCAGGGAAAAGGGCUAUGAGAACCACAAAAAGCUUCAUGACAAUAGCUCCAGCUAUGCCUGUGAAAUCUGUAACAAGCUCUUCCUGAACAAGUCAGUUCUCAAUGCUCAUCUUUCGGUUCACACAGGUGAAAAGCCACACAAGUGUGAGCACUGCGACAAGAGAUUUAGGCUUCAGCAGGGUCUGAUCAAUCACAUGAAGCGCCACAAUCCAAGCAACAUGUUUAAGUGUGACCAGUGUCCGAAAAUGUAUGUAGAGAAGCGAGCACUGGAGAUGCACCUGAUGUCACACAAAGGCGUCAAGCCCUUCACUUGCCAGCACUGUGGGAAGAACUUUCUCCGUGAACAAACGCUGACCAAACACCUAAACAUGCACACCCAUCCAGAUGCCCACCGCUGUGAUAUUUGCCUGAAAACAUUUGUUGACAAAUGGGGACUUAUAAAACACAGCAGCAUCCACACAGGGGAAAAACCUUUUGUGUGCAAUAUUUGCGGAAAAGGAUUCCGCAUUAAAAAGGGCCUGGAUGACCACAACAAAAUGCACAACAAAGAUCUUCAGUUUCAGUGCCCUAUAUGCCCCAAGUCUUUUGUAGAGAAAAGAGGCUUAGAAUACCAUCUUCGUGCCCACCGGGGAGAAAAAACCCAUGUCUGUGAGCUGUGUGGUGAAAGAUUUGUCAACCCCAAUUCACUAAAAGUGCACUAUCGCCGCCACACUGGUGAAAAGCCUUAUAAGUGCUCAUUUUGCCCCAAAUCUUUUAGCCAGCAGGGGACACUGAUUGCUCAUGAGCGUUACCACAAAGGAGAAAAGCCUUACCUCUGUGGGACUUGCGGGGAAGGCUUCACCACUAGGAGCCACCUGACCAUACAUGUGCGAAAACACACCAAUGACCGGCCUUACAAAUGUGACCAAUGUGACUAUGCAGGCACCACCAGAAGCCUGCUCAACAUCCACCUUCUGCGCCACUCCAGCAACAAGCCAUUCAAGUGCACUGUGUGCUCGGCAGCUUUUAAGCGCCAGCAUCACCUCGAUGGGCACCUCCGAAAGCACUCGGACAGGGAGCAAAUGUACCCUUGCUCAUUUUGUGAGCAUGUGUUCAUCUCAGAAGAGAAACUAAACAAGCACAUGAAGUGCCAUGAGAUAGUUGUGGUUUCCACAGUGACAGAGGAUGACAUAUUUCAUGUCAGCAAUACCAAUCGAGAUGAAGGUCCAGUUGAAGUGGCUUAUGACAUCAUUCUUUUAUAAUGAAAGAAAUAUCAAUUGAACAUUCUUUAUUACGGGAAGAGAAAGACUUGAAGCAAGCUCUCACUUAUCAGAAGGCAAGACCUGAACCAUUCUCCUAGAGUAAUUAUAAAUAUAUAUGUAUAUAUUAGAAUGGCAUCACUAGAACAAAUAAUGCUAUUCAACCCAAAAUUUUGCUCUCCUUCUAGCUAAGACUAGAAUUUACAUGGGGAAAUGACUAGCAUUUACAUGGGGACAUGGGUAAAAAAAAAUGGAAAAAAAAAAUUAUAGUUAUAUAAAUAUGAAAAUAAUCAAAACAGUUAUAUGUGUUUAUGUUCUGGUGGCUUCAUCAUUACAAGUAGCUCCCCUUUCAGACCUUGAGAUCUAUGGGGCAGAUGAUGUAGAGGUCAUCUGUUAACCUGGGUGUCAUGUGGCCAGCACAACAACUGCCUUUGUUUUUCCCCCGACUAAUGCUUGUUGGACUCAGAGGCGCACAAAGAUCCCAAUUAAUAAUCCCAGUUUUCGCCACGAUUCUAACAUGGGAAGAGGCCCUUCCGAAGCCAAGACAUUACACGACUUAAAGAGUGUUUGAUCUACAUCCAGCUUCAUUAGUUCUCCAUGAAUGCUCAGAACUGAGCUUAUCUUUACUCCCCCUUUCAGCUAGUAUAUAUAUACCAAUACACUGGUCAUGUGACAUCUAAGGUUGGAAUAUAAAUACAAAUGAAUAGAGGAAGAAUCUUCAUAAAUUGCUUGCUGGUAAUAUAAAUAUUAGUUAUUUAAGCAUGUGUAAAAUAAUUUGACUUGUUGGUGUAGUUGAAAUAUAAAAGAAAUCCUUAGGCUGUGUUGAUCACUAACUUAGAAUCAAAACAAAUAAUGCUUUAUGUUUGCUAACUCAGGUACAUAAAAGUGCCAUCAGGUGACUCUGCUCACAGUAGACUAGGAAUGCUCUUCCAAUGUGUAUUAAGUGUUCAAAAGUUAGAUCUAGUUUAGUCAUCUGUUGAGAGUAGUCCAAAUAUGUUGCCAACUGGUUUCAGUCCCCUAUUUGUUUUACUCCCAAUGUUAUGGUUAUAACAAACAUGUUAUAUCUCUUUAUCUAAAUCUUAUUUAAUGUAUUGUUCAUAUUUAUAUAUGACAUUUAAUUAGGUCAGCAAGAAAUGUUAUUUUUGUUUUAAAUGUAUUUAUUCUGUAAGAAAGUAUAUAUAUGUGUGCUGUUUUGUGUAAAUCUGUCUAUUCUAAAUAAAUGCAUUUGAACAUAUAA